CACUACUUCCUCAUCCUUUUUGGUCACGAUGGACAGAAACCUUUGGAGCUGCGGUCAGAAGAAGAGUCCGACUGCACCGAGUGGGUCGAAUGCAUCCAGCAGGCCAGCUACUCCGAUGUUAUCAUCGAGCGUGAGAUCUUGAUGCAGAAAUACAUCCACCUGGUCCAGAUCUUGGAGACAGAAAAGAUUGCAGCCAAUCAGCUUCGGACUCAGCUGGAGGACCAGGACACAGAGAUCGAGAGGCUCAAAACGGAGAUUGUAGUGUUGAACAAAACCAAAGAGAGAAUGCUGCCUUACCAGAACAACCAAGAGGAGGAGGACCCGGAUAUUAAAAAGAUCAAAAAGGUGCAAAGUUUCCUGCGUGGCUGGUUGUGCCGGAGGAAGUGGAAGAUCAUCGUCCAGGACUACAUCUGCUCUCCUCAUGCUGAGAGCAUGAGGAAGAGGAACCAGAUUGUGUUCAACAUGGUGGAAGCAGAAACCGAGUACGUCCACCAGCUCUCCAUCCUGGUGAACUGCUUCCUCAGGCCGCUCCGCAUGGCUGCCAGCUCCAAGAAACCUCCCAUCAGCCACGAUGAUGUCAGCAGCAUCUUCCUUAACAGUGAGACCAUCAUGUUUCUCCAUGAGAUCUUCCAUCAAGGACUAAAAGCUCGGAUCGCCAGCUGGCCAACGUUAGUUCUGGCGGACCUGUUUGACAUUCUGCUGCCCAUGCUGAACAUUUACCAGGAGUUUGUGCGGAACCACCAGUACAGCCUGCAGGUGCUGGCAAACUGUAAGCAGAACAGAGAUUUUGACAAGCUGCUGAAACAGUACGAGUCCAACGCUGCCUGCGAGGGUCGCAUGCUGGAAACGUUCCUGACAUACCCCAUGUUCCAGAUUCCUCGGUACAUCAUUACUCUCCACGAGCUUCUGGCACACACACCUCAUGAGCAUGUGGAGCGUAAGAGCAUGGAGUUUGCCAAAUCCAAGCUGGAGGAGUUGUCAAAGAUGAUGCACGAUGAGGUGAGCGACACAGAAAACAUCCGGAAGAAUCUGGCCAUUGAAAGGAUGAUCGUUGAAGGCUGUGACAUCCUGUUAGACACAAGCCAGACCUUUGUCAGACAAGGCUCCCUCAUCCAGCUGCCGUCCAGCAGCGAGCGAGGCAUGCUCAGUAAAGUGCGUCUGGGCUCGCUGUCGCUCAGGAAGGAAGGCGAGAGGCAGUGUUUUCUCUUCACCAAACACUUCCUCAUCUGUACACGAACGUCUGGAGGCAAGCUUCACCUGCUGAAGCAGGGAGGAACGUUGUCUCUGAUUGAGUGCACACUCAUUGAAGAACUAGAUGCUAAUGAUGAAGACUACAACGCUGCAGGUCAGGGCUUCAGUCACCUGGAGUUUAAGAUCGUGGUGGAGCCUCCUGAUGGUCAGAGCUUCUCUGUCGUCCUCUUGGCUCCUUCCCGCCAGGAGAAAGCCGCCUGGACCAGCGACAUCAGCCAGUGCAUUGAUAACAUCCGCUGUAACGGCCUGAUGACCAGCGUGUUUGAGGAAAACUCCAAAGUCUCUGUGCCACACAUGAUCAAGUCUGACGCCCGGCUCCAUAAAGACGACGUGGACAUUUGUUUCAGCAAGACGCUGAAUUCUUGCAAAGUGCCACAAAUCCGAUACGCCAGCGUGGAGCGUCUGCUGGAGCGCCUGACAGACCUGCGCUUCCUCUCCAUCGACUUCCUCAACACCUUCCUCCACACUUACAGGAUCUUCACCACCCCCACUGUGGUCAUCGACAAGCUGGCCGACAUCUACAAGAAGCCGUUUACGUCCAUCCCUGUGAGCGUUGAGCAGCACUCAUAUGACCGUCUCUCCAUCAUGUCUCUGUGUCCUGACUACAGUCUGAAGAUCACACAGCUGGCUCUGGACCAGUCCAAGUCUUUGGAGCUCUUCUUCGCCACCAACCAGAACACCUGGGGUAACGACCCGCUGAGCAGCAAAUCCCCGAGGCUCUGCCGCAAGUUUUCAUCCCCUCCUCCCAUCUCCAUUCCCUCCUGCGCCUCCUCCCCAAUGCACUGCCGCAAGCUCUCCCUCAGCUCGCCCGUCAGCGCUAAAGUGGGAGCUCUGGAUCUGUCCACGACGCCCUCCUCCUCCGCGGCCAACUCUCCCACUUCCAGCUACGGUCCUUCCAUCUCCUCUCCUCCUCCCAGCUCAACCAGGCCUCUGUCUGGCUUCUCCUCCCCUCCGCCCACCGCCACAUCCUUGCCGAGCUUCCCACAGGCCUCGGGGGCGUCCUCGCUGCCUCCGCUCUCCACCAAGGCCCCGCUGGACCUCAGUCGUGGGCCCAACUCUCCAGAACUGAGUCCAGCUGCGGGGGAGGACGUCACCGGAGAGCUGCCUCGCCUCGAUGCCUUCUGUGGGAAGCUGAGGCGCAGCUUUCGCAGAGCUGUUCUGGAGUCAGUAUCUCUUGACAAGUUUAUACCUGAAUCGCCAUCCAGCAGCGAGCCGGGCGAUUUGUCUCCCUGCCGCUCCCCGUCCACACCGAGGCACCUUCGAUACAGACAGGCGGGGGUCACACCAGGGGAGAACUCCCGCUGCACCAUGUCGCCUGCGUCGGCGUUCGCCAUCGCUACAGCCGCCGCCGGGCACGGCAGCUCGCAGGGUUUUAGUAAUUCUGAAAAAACGUGUGACAAAGAAUUCAUCAUCCGCAGAGCUGCUACCAACAGAGUUCUGAACGUGUUGCGACACUGGGUUUCUAAACACUCGCAGGAUUUUGAGCUGAACUGCGAGCUAAAAACUGGAGUUGUUUGUCUCCUGGAGGAGGUGCUGCGAGACCCUGACCUGCUGCCUCAGGAGAGGAAAGCUGCAACCAACCUUUUAAGUGCACUUUCUCAGGAAGAUCAAGAUGACGCUCAGCUGAGGAUUGAGGACAUACUACAGAUGGGAGUUUCUGGGUCAGGGCUGGAUGAAGUUGGAUAAAACUGAGAGGACGCCGUACAUCAUGAAGACCAGCCAGCACUUCAAUGAUAUGAGUAACCUGGUGGCGUCUCAGAUAGUGUCCCACACUGAUGUGAGCUCCCGGGCCAGCUGCAUAGAAAAAUGGCUGGCUGUGGCCGACAUCUGUCGCUGCCUCAACAACUACAACGGCGUGCUGGAGAUCACCUCCGCUCUCAACCGCAGCGCCAUCUACAGGCUGAAAAAGACCUGGGCUAAAGUCUGCAAACAGACAAAGGCGCUGAUGGACAGACUGCAGAAGACUGUGUCGUCAGAGGGCAGGUUCAAAAACCUCAGGGAGACACUCAAAAACUGCAACCCUCCAUGUGUCCCCUACCUGGGCAUGUACCUCACUGACCUGGCCUUCAUUGAGGAGGGGACGCCCAACUUCACUGAGGAAGGUCUGGUUAACUUCUCCAAGAUGAGAAUGAUUUCUCAUAUUAUCCGGGAGAUCCGUCAGUUCCAGCAAGCACCUUACAGGAUAGAGCAUCAACCCAAGGUAACUCAGUUCCUGCUGGAUAAGACGUUAGUGAUGGAUGAAGAUACCCUGUAUGAGCUCUCACUGAAGCUUGAACCACGAGUACCACCUGGUUAACUUGUAUACAACAACCCUCACAGACCUGUCUCCAGAUGUGGGAAAUCCAAGUCCAAACAGCAAGGCUUGUCCCAGAACACACAGGCAGACAUUGGGCCUCAUGCAAGAACAUGUUCGUAUUCUUAUCCCAAAUUUCUCUUACCUUUGUUCGUA